GUUGUAUUCAUGCAUGUUUUGGACAAUAUUAAUAGACAUUGGAAAGUCGUUUUGAUUUGAAGAAGUUGUGUGCUCGUAACAAAUUGAAUAAGUGUUUGAUAAUUUUAUUGUUAUAAUCUACCACAAAGUAAAGAAUAACAAACAUAGAAUAGUGACUAUAUAAAUUAAGAUGCGUUAAUUAAGAAGUUGUGUGUCACUUAUUGUCAAUAAAAUAUAUUUGACUAUAUACCCUACUAGUGAAUUUUAGGUCUAUGUAACAUUUCGUUAAAGUCUCUACAAUGGCAGGUGUUCUUAGUACAAGCAAGAAAGUUUUCAAAUUUACUUCCCCCUGUCACACAAACAAAAUUGCCAUACGCAAUGCCAUCCAUGGAAGACCACUGUUUGCCACGCAGGAGCGAUCCAGGAGUAAUCUGUUUAAGGAGGUACUGGCCACCGGUCCUGAUUACCAGCACAUAGAAAAGAGUGCAGUGCCUACUCAUCACUUCCAGAAAUCCCUGCCUCGCUUGCCUAUACCGGAGUUGGACAAAACGUGUGAAAGAUACCUCAGAGCUCAACUCCCGCUCCUAGUCCCGGAAUCGUACGAUUACACAAAAUCGUGCGUAGAUAAGUUCAGGAAAACGGAAGGUGUUGUGUGUCAGAACUCCUUGAUACAAGAAGACAAGGAAAAUUCUCAUACCAGUUACAUAUCAAAACCAUGGUUUGAUAUGUAUCUUUCAGACCGUAGACCAUUGCCGAUUAACUACAAUCCUUUCUUGGUUUUCAUGAACAAUGAAAAUAAGGAUUACAAUAAGCAAUUAGUGAAAGCCGCCAACUUAGUCAUAUCAUCUCUCAGGUUUUACAAGUCAUUGAACGAGGGCUGUUUAGAGCCAGAAGUGUAUCAUUUGAAACCUGAAUGGAGUAAAAACAAUAUGUUUAAAACAUUCACUAAACUUCUUCCUGAAACUGUCAGCUGGUAUGGGGCUUAUUUAUUCAAGGCAUUCCCAUUAGACAUGUCGCAGUAUACAAACUUGUUCAAUACCACCAGAGUACCAGAGGUGGGCAAAGACAGACUCAGUCACACCCCGGGGGCCAGACACCUUCUAGUCAUGAGGAGGGGACACUUUUAUGUGUUUGAUGUCAUCGACAAGGACGGUAACAUUGUCAACCCUGACGUGAUCCUGGGGGGUCUGGAUCAGAUCCUGGAUGAGGAUGACCCGGUGGCAGAGCACCCGGUCGGGAUCCUUACGACAGCGGACCGGGAUUACUGGGCGAAAGCAAGGAAACACCUGGAGAGCAUCGGAAACAAGGAAGAGCUAAACCUGAUCGACUCCAGCCUCUUCAACCUGGUAUUGGAUGAUGCUACUCCGGGGGAAGACCCCAUAAGCAUGGUCAGGUUGUUCCUGCAUGCUGACGGUGUGAACAGAUGGUUCGACAAAUCGUUUUCCCUGAUUGUCGCCAAGGACGGAAGGGCCGGAAUAAAUUUUGAACAUUCCUGGGGUGACGGUGUUGCUGUACUUCGGUACUUUAAUGACAUCCAUCGUGACAGCGUCAGGAAACCCCGAGCUGUUAAUUUCCACCUGAAGAAUUUGUCCACACCAAUACGAAAAUUAAAGUUUAAAUUGGAUGACAAAGCCAAAAAUGCAAUAGCGGAAGCUAAGAAAAGGUAUGAAAAAACGUGUAACUCUUUGGAAGUGAGAGUCUUAGACUACAGGAUUUUUGGUCGUCAACUGUGCAAACCGCUCAAUGUCAGUCCAGAUGCUGUAAUGCAGCUGUCAUUUCAGCUCGCUCAUGAUCAGCUAACAGGACAGUCUGUACCAACAUACGAAUCUUGCAGCACUGCUGCAUUCAAGCAUGGGAGAACUGAGACAGUGAGACCCUGCACUGUUGAGACCCAGAAUAUGUGUAAGGCCCUGAGGCAGUCCCAACAGCCCACGAAGUCUGAGCUUCAGCAAAUGCUGAAGAAUUGUUCAAAAGUCCACUCUCAGCUGAUCAAAGAAGCAGCCAUGGGACUGGGAUUCGAUCGUCAUUUAUUUGCCUUAAAGUUGAUAGCCGAGAAGAGAGGUUUAAACCUGGAGGUGUUUAAUGAUCCGGCGUACAAAGCAAUAAACCAGAACAUCUUGUCAACGUCGACAUUGGCAUCCGAUUAUCUUGAAUUGGGAGCAUUUGGUCCUGUUGUUCAAAACGGUUACGGCAUUGGGUAUUCUGUUUGGAACGACAGGCUUGGGUGUAUCAUCACAAAUUAUUCCGGCCACUCGGAUGGACUGGGGUUCCUCCAGGCUUUGGAAGAAAGCCUUAAUAAAAUCGAAGAGAUUUUGAGACCUUAAGGCCUUCACAGUCACAUAUUAUUCUAAUGAGUAAACUGCUCAAACCAUGUAUGUAAACGCAGCUGAUUUUGUGUAUAAUUUAUAGUAUUAACUUGUCAAUUUCGAACUGAUUCUUUUCCUAUCAUGACAUGUUACUAUGAAUUGAUUGGCUGCUAAGAUUUUAUAUAAAAUCUUGAAUUAAGAUACUUUUUAAUGAAUUUUAUGUAGUUGUAGUUAGGUGAUAUGUGAAUUGUUCAGAAACACCAAAGUUUGUUGUGUUUGUAAUACUUUAAAGUGUUUAUAAAAUUUGUUUUAAUUUGUUACUAUUAAAGAUAUUUUUAUUAUG